AUGAUGAUGAUGAGGAACAAUGCAGCCACUGUGAAUGGUUUUGCAUCACCUGAACCUGAAACCGCCUUCACUAAUGGUGAUUGUUUUAAUAUGAGACCGAAAGCGGUUCGAUCACUCUCAACCAUCUCUGGACGGGUUUCGGCCAAUCACGACGAUCGACCAUUCGGCAGUACUUUCACGCUACGUCCACGCCGAAGUACAGAAUUCGUUGAUCGUGAUCCGAUAUCUGAUGAAUCAAGAUGUGAUUAUUUGGAUUUGUUAGAUCUUGGUUCAUUGCAGCAGUCCAAAUCCGAGCAUGAACUCACAUCGGUUGCUAAGGGUACUCUACAAGCAGCACAGCCCCUACGAGGAGCACAGCGACCGCAUUUCGGUAGUGUUGAGUGUAUACAUCGAGAAGAUAUUCGUUACUUACAUUCUUAA